UCUAUUAUAUAUUCGUAUCCAUAUCAGCUUGACUAGGAGCUUCCAACGGCCACAAAUGGCCUCCGCUUCUUCCUCCUCCUUCACCUUCAACUCUCUGCAUCAAAAGCAUCAUACUUUGCCCCUUAAUUUCUGUAAGUACCCAUCUACCCUUCAUGUUUUCAAAUUCCAUUACUCUUCUCGUUUUCUCAUUUUCUCACCUCUCAAACACAUAACUCACCUCUCUCAACUUCUUCUAUUUAAAGAUAACGUUAGACAUGUUGUUGCAAAGUUGAAUGCCACUGACCAAAAACCAUAUACAAAAACUACUAUACAUUCCAGAACUGUAAAACGAAAUAGUAAUGGGGUUUCUCAUUUAAGGUCUAUAGAUGAUGAUGUUGAUAAGGUUGGUAAAAAUUCUGGAAAAAAGUAUGUUAAUUUAGAGGAAAAGACUGAAAAUAACUUCAACAAACCCAAAAAUAGGAGAAGAAAUCAGGGAUUGAGAAAAGUGAGGGAAUUGAAUGGUGGGAAUUCUUCUGUGAAAUCUAGAGAUAAGGAUAGUAAAGUUGGUAGUGUCAAAAGUGGUAAGCAGGUGGGAGAAGAGAAGGGAAAAAAGUCCAGAAAAAGUAAAGAAGAAGAUACUACUCUUGAAGUUCCUAUUAGACCUAAAUUAGAUAUGUGUUCAAAGAGAGGAGAUGUCAUGAGUGCAAUUCAGUUGUUUGAUUUGGCUCAAAGAGAAGGAAUCAAGCUUGGGCAGUAUCAUUAUACUGUACUAUUAUAUCUCUGUUCUUCUGCAGCUGUGGGUAUUGUUCGUCCUGCUAAAAGUGGGAGUGCUUCUAGGACUUUGGAUACUAUGGACUCUUCUGGUGAGGUUUCUGCGUCAAGUUCUUUGGACUUGGCUAAAUCAAGAGACUUGGAUGGUAAUACUAGUGGAAGUGAUGGAGUUGUUGAGAGUGAUGAGUUAAGUUCUAGUAAUAGGCUCGAUGAUUCGGAUGGUAAUUUCAACGAAAGGGAGAAACUAAACUGGUUUUGUAACGGAUUUGUUAAGCGAAAUUAUCGUGUGUUGGAUGGACUCAGUCAUCCUACUGAAGGAGAAGAUGAAAAUGCACAUGUGAAAGGUGGAAGCAAGAACAAAGAAGAUAAGAAUAUAUGGGUAGAUGAAGAAGCAAAGCAAUAUGCAAGAAAGAGGGGAUUUGAGAUCUAUGAGAAAAUGUGUUCUGAGAACAUCCCAAUGAAUGAAGCUGCAUUGACCUCUGUGGCUAGAAUGGCAAUGUCAAUGGGUAAUGGUGACAUGGCUUUUGAUAUGGUGAAACAAAUGAAGUCAUUAGGGAUAAAUCCUAGACUUCGUUCCUAUGGUCCAGCUUUGUCUGCUUUCUCUAGUAGUGGUGAAAUUGAUAAAGCAUUCGCUGUCGAACAACAUAUGUUGGAACAUGGCGUGUAUCCAGAAGAGCCGGAACUACAGGCUCUUUUGAGGGUGAGUGUAGGAGUUGGUAAGGGGGAUAAGGUAUAUUACUUGUUGCAUAAACUAAGGGCAAGUGUAAGGAAGGUCUCACCCUCAACUGCAGAUUUGAUUAUUAACUGGUUUAAUAGCAUAGCAGCUUCAAGAGUGGGGAAAACAAAAUGGGAUGAAAGGCAAAUAAAGAAAGCAAUUGAGAGUGGAGGGGGUGGCUGGCAUGGCCAGGGCUGGCUAGGAAGAGGAAAGUGGUCUGUGUUGCAAACAAGUAUUGGUGCUGAUGGUUUGUGCAGAUGUUGUGGGGAGAAAUUGGUUACUAUUGACCUUGAUCCCAAAGAAACAGAAAACUUUGCUGAAUCAGUUGCUUCAAUAGCCAUUGAGAAAGAGAAACAUUCAAACUUUCAGAAAUUUCAAAAAUGGCUUGAUUAUUAUGGUCCUUUUGAAGCAGUGAUUGAUGGAGCUAAUGUUGGACUUUUCAGCCAAAAGAUAUUCAGGCCAUCCAAGAUCAAUGCUGUUGCUAAUGGCAUAAGACAGAAGUUUCCUUCAAAGAAAUGGCCACUCAUUGUUCUGCAUAACAGACGUGUUACUGGACCCAAGAUGAAUGAACCAACCAACAGGGCAUUCGUAGAUAGGUGGAAAAAUGCUGAUGCUCUAUAUGCAACACCUACAGGCUCAAACGAUGAUUGGUACUGGUUGUAUGCAGCUAUAAAGUUCAAAAGCUUACUGGUGACAAAUGAUGAGAUGCGAGAUCACACAUUUCAACUCCUUGGAAAUGAUUUCUUCCCCAGAUGGAAAGAAAGGCAUCAAGUGCGCUUCACUUUUUCUGAUGCUGGUCCAGAAUUUCACAUGCCGCCUCCUUGCUCUGUUGUAAUCCAGGAAUCAGAAAAAGGCCAUUGGCAUAUACCUAUAUCAACCGAACACGAAUAUGAAGAAGAGAGACCUUGGCUAUGUAUUAUGCGUGCUAAGUCACGCAAGAUCAGAGAAGAUAAUAAAAUUAAACAAAAAGCUCUCCAAUCUGAAAUCAAGUCAAAAUCACUGACCAAUGGCAAAGACAAAGACAAACAUACUAAUGGUGACCCUAUGAAGAUAUACCAGAAUCUCAAAGAUAUUUUGGCUGGAUCAACAAUCGCUAAUAGCCAAUCAAUCCUUGCUAAAAUAGAGCAAGCAGAGAAGCUCGGUAGAUGCACCAUUGAUUUCGAUAUAUGAUUCAGUAUCUGCAGUAAAUUUUGUCAAGGCCCUUUCUUCUACAAUCCUUGCAAUGUUUGGGAAAUCACAUUGAUCUGUUGUAGCUUCUGUUCUCCAGAUUCCCCAAACUGGCUCGCUCCAAUGUGGGAGCGCCAACUAUUGGCAGAGUCUUAAUUCUUUUUUUGGAGUUAGAACUUAGCUAGGCCUCUCAUCUUGUAACCCAACACUAGUGUAAUUGAUAUCAUUUUUUGUGGAAAGAAAAAAAAGGUUCAAUGCUUUAAACAAGCUAACAAAAACAAGCAAAUUAUGCUAUCAUUAUUGUUACUAAUUAGUUGUGAAUUAAUGUAGUCUGUUAAAUUUGUUGUGUUCA